AGCGUUCGGUAUUUUCCCGUAUAUUGCAAAGGCCUACAACUUCUAAAGAUGAUACAAAAUCCACCGAUUAAGAGAGUGGAUGUUGUCAUAAUAGGGGCAGGAUUCGCAGGCUUGAGUGCUGCUAAGCUCCUCAAUGAAGUAGGCCUGGAUGUUGUUCUCAUAGAAGCAAGAGACAGAUUAGGGGGAAGAGUUCACACACUUAGGGACCCUGUUAUAGGCUACACAGAAGUAGGAGGAGGCUAUGUUGGGCCCACUCAGAGAUGCAUGCAAAGACUCGCUAAGGAGUUUGGAAUGGAAUGGAAAAUUGUUAGAGAAGUGGAGAAGACAGUCCUCAGUUCAAAGACUGGAUGGCAAACAUUCAAGGGCGUACCUAACAUCUAUGACCCUAUCAAGAUACUGGACUUGAACAACAUAUUCCAAAUGGUGGAAAAGAUGAGUGAAGAGAUCCCAGUAGAGGCCCCUUGGAAGGCUCCACAUGCUGAGGAAUGGGACAGUAUGACAAUGAAGGAAUUCAUGGACAAGCAUUGCUGGACAGAAUUUGCAAAGGAAAUAUUUACUGUGUCUACAAAAGGAGCUAGUUGUGCAGAGCUACAUGAAGUUUCCCUUCUACAAUUCCUGGCAGGCAUCAAAUCUGGAGGAGGCCUGGUACGAAUGGGUUCUGUAGAAAAUGGAGCACAGGAGAGGAAAUUGAUUGGGGGACUUUCUACACUGCUGGAGAGAAUGGCAGAAACUCUAGGGGACAAAGUCCUGCUGUCACGUCCUGUUAUUCGUAUUGAACAGACAGAAAAUAUUGCCAUGGUCUAUUGCGAGAAUGGAGAAAUGUAUGAGGGUAAACAUGUGAUAAGCACUAUACCUCAAGGGCUGCUAAAUAGAGUGAGAUUUGUUCCACCGCUGCCACCAAUGAAAUUACAAUUAAUACAAAGGAUCCCAAUGGGUUCAGUCAUCAAAACCAUGAUGUUCUAUGAAACUGCUUUCUGGAGAGACAUGAAUCUGAGUGGCAUGGCUAUGAGUCAUGAUGGACCAGUUCAGACCACACUACCUGAUGACUUUGCUGAAGAAGAGAACAAUGUACCUGCCAUUCUGGGCAUUAUUACAGCCAAUGAGUGCAGAGAUAUGUGUGAUAUGUCCAAAGAAGAAAGGAAAAAUGCCAUAUGUAAACAUUAUGCAAAGCUGUUCAGGUGUGACAAGUUCCUGGAACCAAUCUACUAUGUAGAGAAGAAUUGGAUGGAGGAAGAAUUCUCUGGGGGUGGCUAUGGUAACGUAAUGCCUCCUGGGGUCCUCUCAAAAUAUGGCAAAUAUUUGAGUGAACCAAUAGGAAAAGUGUAUUUCGCAGGGGAGGAAACUGCAACGUAUCACAGUGGUUACAUGGAGGGAGCUGUCCAAUCAGGAGAGAGAGCUGCAAGAGAGAUCCUCCAUGCAUUGGGCAGGAUUCCUAGUGAUGAGAUACGGCAAGAGGAACCAUACCCUGGUGUCAUACCUGAGAAACCAAUUGAGAGCUCUGGCAUAGAGAGAUAUUUGCCUUCAGUGGGGGGAUUGCUGAAGUUCCUAGGGUUCUUUGGGUUCAUUGUAGCUGCCAUGGGAAUAGGAAUCGGUGUCUGGAAGCUGAAUGAUGCUUGCUCUAAAUAAUAAAGAUAUUAAUUACUAUACCCAUCUUUCAAGAGGGUCACUCGAAAGCUCCUGUACAUGUAGC